UUGCCAUGGAUGCUGAAGUCGCGGUCCUGGCGAUCCUUUGGGGAAUCUUCUUUUCGACAAAGCCAUGCAAAAGACAGUUGUCGUAAAGGAAGACGGUAUUUCAUCUAAUGGAAGAAGCAUCACAGAUGGACUAUAACAAUGGAGUGAACAAUCUUGAGCCUCAGGAAAAUGUAAAACAGCAAGUGGACAAGAUGAAAGCCAAGGAUACGUUUCUCAAUGAGCAUAUGGUCUUACUGAACCAAAAUGUUUCAGCAGACACCAUUCUAGACAGACUUGAACGGGACGAGCGUCAGCGUUUGUUGGACCAGCUGAGGGAGCUGACGGAUGUCAAUGGUCGCCUCUUCAAAUUGCUGAGUGAAAAAGAAUUUGAGUACAAACACAUGAAGAAGAAAUGGGAAAAAGAGAAGGUCUUUCUCAUGGCUGGUGUGUCCGGCAUGUCAGGCGAUGCAGCUGCCGUCAAGAUUGUGGAGUUGUCCAAAAAGAACCGAGAGCUGACUGCUGAAGUGGAACGAGAGAGGACAAAAUGCAAACAAAACAGCAAUAGAAUCAAAGCGCUUGAGAAGGAUCUACAGGCUGCUGUGUGCUCAGCUCCAGGACAAGAGACUGACGCCAGUUGGCAGAAGCAAAGCUCACCUCUAGACACUGAGGACAACCCAGUGGUGAAGUCCCUGAAGGAUAAAUUAUCUGCUGCCCAGCUCAAAGUCACAGAGCAUCGCAACCAAGUUCAGUUUCUCAAGCAGGAGCUAAAAAUGGCUCACAAGGUGCGAAGCAUCUCCAUCUUUCGUGAUUACCAAAUGCAUUUUGCACACAACCUAAUUUGUUGUUCAUGUCAUCUGUUGCAGGUUCUGAUAAAUGAGGUUGGGGAAGACGUCAACGUUCCGCAGCUCCUGAGUUGUGCGGGAAGCUUUAGAGGACGUGCACAGCAGAUACUGGCUCUUCAGUCAAGGGUGCGGGACCUGGAGCAGCAGCUGAGGUCACCUCCAUUGAGCAUGUUGAACAUGGACGAAGAACAACUAUCAGGCAUUCUUCCUAAAAGCCGAGGCCGUUACACCGGCUACAGCCGCAGCGCUGAAAAGGAAAAGAGGGAGGCCUUUCAGAGGCUCUCGGACAGCUAUGAAUCCUUGCAGCGAGACCGGGAUCAGGUGAGGAAAGAGCUGGAAGCCUCCAAAGCAAGAAACAAAUGUCUGUCUGCUGACAUAAAAACCCUGAAAACUCAGGUUUCCUCCAUGCUGCUGAAGAGCAAACACGACGACGAGCUUGUGGACGCUAUAUUGAAGGAGAAGAGUCGCUUGCUGGAGCUGCUGAGCCAGCUCACCAGGCAGAAUGCACCGAGCCAAUCCAGCUCGGGACCGUCACUCAGCAGCGAGCUCUCCACGCAGAAGAUGCUCAUCCAGAACUUGUACCAAGUGGUCGCUGACAAAGAAGACACCAUUAAAGAAUUAGAGGAUAAAAUUCAGCAGCUUUCCAGUCAGUAACAACUGCUGACAAAUCAAAUUGAAUGAUCUGUCAAAAUAGUGAUUAGAGGAAAAAAAGUGAUUUCAAAAGAAUCCCAUUGCUAUACUAGAUUGUAAACUUUUCAAAAAUAAUCAAAACUACAUAAAAUGAGAUGCUAAGGUCGGACUGCAUUUCUAUAUGUUAAUAUGAAUAAUUUCAAACAAUAAUGUAAACAAUGCUUUAUCAUGUGUCAAGAAGCUGUUUGAUUAAAAAAAAAUUGUAAUUACUUGAACAAUACAGACUACUGACAAUACUGUACUGUAUGUG